AUGACCUGGAAAAGCACCUCCACCUCUACCGGCGGCACGAACUCGAGCAAGGCAAGCACGCUCUUCGGAUUGAACGAGGACGACAAGGCGAAUAUUCUCGUCUACAAGUAUCGCUCGGGCAGUAAAUCACUCGAGGUGAGCUCGCAGCAUGAUCUUUGCAAGGCAUUAGACUCCGACCCAAACCUGCCCUUCCUACGCGUCACCAAGAAACAGAUUCCUCGAGGCAACAGCCGGUUAGAGGUCAGUGCCGAAGACCUGCUGAUGCCCGAGGAACGCCAAAAGUAUGGCGACAAGCCUACGCUGAAGUCCUCCCUCGCCAACGUUGGCCUCCCUUCCAGCGCGUAUUGGAAGCGCCUCUUCUUCAACUCGUACCCGGACCUAUACAUCGUUUCGAAAUCGGUAUCACCUACAUCUAGUCCGGCGAGCUCGAAGGACAACUCGCCAGAGAGCUCACAGCAUGUGAGUCCUUCGACGACGUUCCCGGUCGACACGCCCCAUCCCUUGCAGGAUCCGCAGGCAUCGUAG